UCAACUGCUUAUGUAUGUGGAGAAAGGGCAGGACUUAUACUAGAGGACUCAUCUUGCAUGGAUGAGCUGGAAAAGGAGAUCACUAGAUUUGAUUUCAAAGUGCAAGAGAUGAAUUUAGUGGAAGAGAAACUGAAUGAACUAAAAGCACAGGACGCGACAGAACAAGUUAUUACCACCACAAUGAAGGAUAUUGGCAUUGAAAGGGCUAAAUUGUAUGGAUGGCCAAACACCUACGUAUUUACAAAGGCGGUGGGAGAAAUAUUUCUAGGCCAAUCAAAAGAUCAUUUUCCCAUUGUCAUUAUACGUCCUAGCGUGAUCACCAGCAGUUACAAAGAGCCAUUUCCAGGUUGGGUUCAAGGUUUCAGAACCAUUGACAGCGUAAUUGCUGGUUAUUGUAAAGGAAAAGUGACAUGCCUACUCGUGGACCCUAUGUCAGUAUUUGAUAUGAUUCCUGUUGACAUGGUCGUACAUUCAAUGAUUGUAGCAAUGGUGGCUAAUGCAAAUAAAUCUUCUAACAUCAUUUACCAUGUGGGAAGCUCUUUGAGAAAUCCUAUAAAUUUCCUUAAUAUUCACAGUUUUGUCUUCCGAUACUGCACCGAAAAACCCUGGAUUGGGAAGGAUGGAAAGCGUGCCAAGGUUGGCAAGCUUAGAUUCUUCAAGACUAUGGCUACUUUUCGCAUGUAUAUGCAAAUUCGCUUCAUGCUACCUUUGGAGGGUUUAAAGUUCGUGAACAAAGCAUUUGGAGGAUAUUUCCAAGAUCUAUAUGUUAACUAUAAUCAGAAACUCAAAUUGGUGAUGCGCUUGGUAGAGCUAUACGAACCUUAUAUGCUAUUCAAGGGCAUCUUUGAUGACAACAAUGCUGAGGAAUUGCGAAGGAUAACAAGGGAGAGGUUCGUUGAUGCGGAAGCUUUCAAUUUUGAUGCAAGAUGCAUUGAUUGGGAAGACUACAUUAUGCACACUCACAUUCCUGGUCUCCAGAAAUAUGUUAUGAUGAAACGAUAAUCGAGAGGUGCCUGCAUUGUCCUAUAGAAAAUAAAUAAAUGCAAUGAUCCAUCAAUAUAUUUUGUAUCAUUGACGGUAUAUUUACUACUAGAAAAGCUCCAAAUAAAGCCACGGAUAUACCAUGGCAAAGAUCUUUUUAAUGUACCUCUAUAUAUUUGCAAUGUACCCAUUC